AUGUCAUCGAAAAAUAAGGGAAAAAGAGGCGGACAUAAUAAUUCCACGGCGAAUGUACAUACAGCAAAUUCUAUUCGAGAUUCAGAGCAAAAACGUAAAACCGUUUUUAAAACUGUCUUAGAUUCACCUUUCACUGUAAAAUGGAAAGCCCACGAUAUCCCUAGAGGACCAGCAACUUAUAUUUGA